GUACACUGUUCGAUUCACCGUGACCCUGUUAAGAUGUCUAGAGGUUGCGCUUAGUCCAAUACGAGUGCAGAUAGACAGAUGGCAACGGAGUCUUCACGGUUUAUCUUUUUCCGUAGCCAACCAGUCUCCGGCGCGAAGCUUGACGACCCCGUCGAUUGCUUGUUUAGAGACGGUGACGUCCUGUGGCCCGGAUCGAAAAGGAGAGGUCGACCGCGAAAAAAUCCACCAAAUGCUUCCUUUCAGGCGGCGCAGGCUCUUGCAGCACCUAGUUACGCUUUUGUUGAUUGUUCAGACACGUUCAAGCCUACCAACCCUGCAAAGCGGAGGUUCAUACGAACUCACGUCAUGCGUUAUUACCAGCACAGAAAAGUCGGAUGCCUUAUUGGAAACGAUAGCGGUUGUCGGUCCUCUACACAGACAAACGCUGAAAAUGCUGUUUUUCCGUCGAGCUUGCCCAGAUUGCUGUCUUGGGAACCCUUCGACUGCUUUCCUUUGAAAAUGCAACCAUACAUGCACGAUCUGUUUUACCAGUACGUCUACAUUGCGUCAAGCUAUUUGUACUCGCUAGAAGCGCGUUGGGGCUUCAAUCCCACCCAAAAGGUCUGGAUCCCCAUGGCCUUGGCAGAUCCAAUCCUGCUAAGCGCUAUUUUAUUAUCUUGUGAGCAAUUUUUAAACAGAAUCAAAGCCGCUGGGGUCAAUCAAUUCACCAUAAGUCAUUUGACACAAACGAUCCGUGCUCUUAAUGGAAGACUUGAAUCAUCGCAAAGACCUAACGAUACAACCAUUGCUGCUGUAGCUGGCCUGGCACUAUUAGAACAGUGGGGCGGCCAUCAGUCAAUUUGGCGUAUCCACAUGGAGGGCUUACGCAAAAUGAUGGUGUUACGAGCACAACCACUGACUUUCGAGCGAGAGCCAGUCCUUUUUGACAAAGUUUGUCGAGCGGAUAUUUGCGGCUCCCUACAUGAUUUUUCUCAACCGUACGUGUCUCUAGCUUUACAUGAACACUGCCAAGUGUCGAAAAACCUUGUCUCCGGUUUCCAAGAUGUCCAUGAAGAGUAUGAAUUUGAUGCAGAGCUUAUCAAUGUGCUUCUACAAGCGCAGAGAGUCGAUGAGGAUGUCAACAUCAUUCGACCUUUACCUUCAGAGACCUUUCCUAUGCAUCUUCGUGAGCGAUUGCGAUGUAUACAAUACAGCCUUCUCGGCCGCAUGACCACUCGUUCCCAAUCAAAUGAGAUGAGUCAUUGUACUGCCGUCGCGAUCGGUAUUUUAAUCUACGCAGGGAUCAUUCAAAAUGAGUUCCAGCUCUCACCCGUAAGUUACCGUUUGAAAGAGCAGUUCGUGUCAUGCAUAAAGGGCGGAAGUUUUGCUACCAAUUCAAUGAGGGCAUUGCGAUUGUGGCUUCUUUUUCUUGCAGAUUCCAUAGUACAUGAUGCAAAAGAAAAAGCAUGGUUGUCUCAUUCUGUUGUGGAGAUGGCGUUGAAACUGCAUUUGUCGCAUUGGGAUGAUGUCAAAAAGCUGUUGCGUUCAUUUGUCUGGGCUGAGAAUCAGCAAGACAAAAAUGGUCGAUUGCUUUGGGAAACCACAUGCCAACAAGACACUGGAGUUUGGAGCAGAAUCUCCAUUUGAGUCAAUUGCAAAGAUUUUAAAAUUAUGAUAUGCGACAUACCAUAAGAUGCUUUCAGAUGGAGAAUAUUGAAAUGAUGUCGGUUGGUCGCUGGAAAAGGGUGUCUGGACGUCGCCAAGGGACCCAAACUCUGAGCGAAGCGCAUGCAGCAGCAAUUUUGCUCGUCGUUUUGUCCAGCACAAACCAUAUCAGCAAGAUUUGAGCACUUUUAGUCCAGGUGUGGAAACGAAGAAGCGGCCUUGCGUGCGAAGACACUGGGGGCGGUAGAGUUAUGUCUGCUCGAAUACUAAGGAAGUGACGGGAACGGGUGCGGUUCAUUGAUGAUUCAGAGAAAUUCAGG